AUGCCGAUGUACUUCAAUGGCGAGUUGCCGCUGGAAAAUUUUCUCUUUUCGGGUCUGACUGCGAAUGCUUGGGAAGGUCUGACCGGUCUGUGCAUUGGCGUUCUGUCGCUGUCUGUGUUGUACGAAAUCAUGCGAUACUUCGAGUUGGGCUUUACUGAUGGUACGAGGCUGUGUACCGAUGAGCCGAGCAGUGAAGGAAGCACGGACGUUCCUGUGUCUGAACGUCGACCCUUGUUGAUUUUAGGGUACUUUCGCCGCAUGUCCAAGUGA